AUGCCUGCCCUUUUUUCCUGGCUCCGACGCAUCUACUCGCUCGACACCCUCGACACUCGUUUCACCUCGACCGCCACCACCCCGGCCAACGCAGCCGCUGACACGCGACCUCCCUCCACGAAAGAUGCUCGCGCCAAUGCCAUCGCCCAGAGCGCUUCUGCUCCGCUCUGGCGGACGCCUGAGUUCUUCGUUUAUUACCUAUUCUUCAUUACGCUCGUUCCGUUGAUGUUCAAGACCGUUGUGGAUGCCUCGAAAGACACCCACCCUAUCUAUCCUAAAUACUCCCAUCUCCUGUCACCGGGAUGGAUCCCCGGCCGCCUGGUUGACAACUCCGAUGCUCAAUACGCCAGCUUCCGCGACAAUAUCCCCUAUCUUUUAUUGCUCCUGAUUGCCCAUCCAAUCGUUCGCCGAAUUUACCAAUCCUUCACGGGUCGUUCAAGCACCGAAACCAGGCCCGCCCACCCCGCGGCGGCGGCAGCCGGUGAUGCGCAGUUGGAGCAACGAAUGCGCUUUGACUUUGCGUUUGGUCUGAUCUUUGUCACGGUGCUUCAUGGCAUUUCAGCUAUCAAGGUCUUGUUGAUCUUGUUCAUCAACUACAAAAUUGGCAAGAACCUUUCCCGGUCUUAUGUGCCGGCAGUGACGUGGAUCUUCAAUAUCUGCACCUUGUUCGCCAACGAACUAUGUGGAGGAUACCAAUUCGAAGUGAUUGCAACCAUGCUAGCUCCUGGAUCCGGCUCACCAGGGGAGACGCGCAGCUUGCUUGUUGAAUGGGCGAAGACCCUCGAUAACUUCGGAGGAAUCAUGCCUCGGUGGGAGGUUCUCUUCAAGGUGACCGUUUUGCGCUUGAUUAGUUUCAAUCUGGACCACUGUUGGGGCCAGGAUUAUCCUGCAGGAAGCGCCAUUGAAAAGAAACAACUCGACCCCGCGGCCCUGUCUGACCGAGACCGUGUGAAGAUCCCAGCCGAACCCUCUGCAUUCAGCAUGCGUAACUAUAUUGCCUACGUGCUUUAUUCGCCAUUAUACCUAGCUGGCCCGAUCUUGACCUUCAACGAUUAUGUGUCACAGCAACGCUACAAAGCACCGUCGUUGACGAGUACUCGCACUAUUCUCUAUGGAAUCCGGUUCCUCCUCACGCUGCUCUGCAUGGAACUCAUCCUCCACUACAUCUACGCAGUAGCCAUCUCCAAGGCCUCACCCGAUUGGUCUCUAUUCACACCAGGUCAACUCAGUAUGCUAGCCUUUUUCAACCUCCACAUCAUAUGGCUGAAGCUGCUCAUUCCCUGGCGCUUCUUCCGCCUAUGGGCUCUCAUUGACGGAAUUGAUCCGCCGGAGAACAUGGUCCGCUGCAUGUCCAACAACUAUUCUGCCUUCGCCUUCUGGCGUGGAUGGCACCGCUCUUACAACCGUUGGGUCGUCCGAUACAUCUACAUCCCCCUCGGCGGAGGUGGUGGUGGACAGCGUCCCGCUGGAUCAAAACCCUCUUCAUCACCUGCACAGUCGGGCUUGAUGGCCAAGUUCCUACAAAUCCGCAACUUCUUGUUGGUAUUCACUUUCGUUGCUCUUUGGCAUGAUAUCAACCUGCGUCUGUUGAUGUGGAGCUGGCUCAUCACCCUGUUCGUCUUGCCCGAAGUCCUGGGUGGCAUGCUGUUCCCUCCUAGGCGCUGGCGCUCGCGUCCUACCGCGUACCGAGUGCUGAGUGGUAUUGGAUCGGUUGGUAACGUGCUCAUGAUGAUGAUUGCUAACCUGGUCGGUUUUGCACUUGGUCUGGAUGGGUUGCAAAAUUUGCUUACUAGUCUGACGGGGUCGUACUCAGGGGUUGCAUAUAUGAUCUCCUGCUGCGUGGUGCUAUUCGUCGGAGUACAGGUCAUGUUUGAGAUUCGCGAGGACGAGCUGCGUGCGGGUAUCAACCUGAAGUGUUGA